CGUUCCAUUGUUCAUCAAGUUUCGCAUUUCGCCUCCCUUUCAUUCGCAACCAUACAAGAGAGAAAAACCUCAAACCCACCGAGGCGCGCCGCCCCGAAGAAGAUCCCUCCCGAAUGUGCCCUUCCGACAGACACCCCCGCCGCGAGGCCCCGGCCAGGCCCCACCUCCGGUCGGCCUUCGACGUCCUCGACGCCGACCGCGACGGCAAGAUCAGCAGCGACGACCUCCGCUCCUUCUACGCGGGGCUCUCCGGGUCCGGGGCCGCCGCCGCCGCCGCCGCCGGGGGCGACGAGGACGUGCUGGCGACGAUGAUGGCGGUGGCGGAUGCGAACAGCGACGGCUUCGUGGAGUACGAGGAGUUCGAGCGCGUGCUGAGCGGCGGCCGGGACGGUGACGCGGACGCUGAGACGGGUUCCGGGAGGAGGACGCGGUCGCCGCCGCCGCUGCCGCCGCAGCCGCCGCAGUCGCGGGCGGCGGGCGGGCUCAUGGGGGACGUGUUCAGGGUCAUGGACAAGGACGGAGACGGGAGGCUGAGCUGCGAGGACCUGAGGAGCUACAUGGCGUGGGCGGGGCUGGACGCCAGCGAGGACGAGAUCAAGGCCAUGAUCAGGCUCGGCGGCGGCAGCGAGGCGGAGGGCGUGUCGCUGGACGGGCUGGUGAAGGUGUUGGCCGUCGACGACGGCGGCUUCUUCUGAGGGGUUUUCUUUCUCCGGCGGAACUCCUUUUCCUUUUUCGGUCCUCUUUUUCCGCAAGCCCCAAAUCAAAACACGAUUUCUAAGGUGGAGCUGGCUGAUGUGGAAUAAAUUUUGGCUUAAAUUAGCAGAACAUGUUUGUAAAAUUUAGCGGGCAAUGUAAUUUAUAUUGUCUCCACUUUAUUAUAUAAUUUUUAAUUCGGCCCUUACGAGCUGUUUAGUGUUUA